AUGUUGAUCGAAGUUCACUACGGUAAUGGUUCAAUUUUACUUAUCAAUGGAAAUUGUCGAUCAAUUAAUUUUGUAAAUUAUCUUCGUAAACAUUGUUGUGUAUCAUUAACAAUUCCAAUUGAUUUAUGUUCAUUAAAUACUGGUGAACCAUUUCAUCUUUUAUCAUCACAAACUAAAAUUGUUUCAGCUGAUCAACGUCGUUUACCAGCUCAUUUGCAUUGUGUUUUAACACGAAUUGAAGAAGAUGGAACAUAUAUUCCUUUACUAAAUGAUCCAACAUUGAUUACAAAUGAGUUUUUAGCAAAAUUAAAACGAGCAACAUCAACGUCGGUAAAACCAAUUCCAACAAAAACAAAUACAAAAUCAACAAAACAACAAAAACUUCAAAUUGAAAAACCGAAAAGACGACGAAGUCUUAAAUCGGUUGCAAUUGUAGCCACAAUUGUUAAUAGCCUUAAACAUUAA